UUAAAUAAAUUAGGUAAAAUACUCGAACUUUGGUGAACAAUAAACCAGAAGAUUUUCGGACAGCCAAACAGAAGGUUCAAUAAUUGAAAUAUGCUUAGGCUCAGAGCUAAACCUUACGAGCAGACUAACCAUGUCCAACGUUACGAUGCCCAUCAAAUCAUGAAAGAGUUUUCGAGGAUUUUUCGUUGGCGUUUGGACGGCAAGGACUCCUUAUUGGAUGUUGGCACUGGUAGCGGUGAUGUUCUAAUGGAUAUCCUCCGUCCGAGCUUACCGAGGAAUUUCAGGAAAAUAGUGGGUUCAGAUUUUUCGGCGGAAAUGAUAGAACAUUGCAAUGCAGUUCAUAAAUCUCGGCAUGUGGAUAAGGUGGAUUUUAAAAUUCUUGACAUUGAAACCGAGAGAUUACCAAAGGAGUUUAUCAAUGAAUUUGACCAUGUCACAUCGUUUUACUGUCUUCAUUGGAUUAAAAAUCAACGUCAAGCCAUGGGAAAUAUCUAUGAGAUGCUUCACAAUGAAGGCGAUUGUCUUUUGGUCUUCUUGGAGUGGCAUGAAUUUUUUGACAUUUACGAAAUUCUUUCGAACACUCCCAAAUGGGCACCUCAUAUGAAGGAUAUGAAAUGUUAUACUUCGAAAUUAUUUCGCAGCAAUAAAGCAGAAUUUAGACGAAUACUCAAAGAUGUCGGAUUUGCUGACUGUAGUGUUGUAAUUCGUGACAGAUCAUAUGCCUAUGAAGGUUUGGACGCUUUAAGAGAAUUUUGUAGAGCAGUAAAUCCUUAUAUUGAUCGUAUACCAUUAAAACUACAUGAAGAGUUUCUGGAUGAUAUAAUUGAUCAUAUAAUUGAACUGAAUUUACAUGAUGGCAUCAGAUUUAUAAUUCGCUACAGAUUAUUUGUUAUUUAUGCACGAAAGUAAUUUUUUUGGUACAGUGGUUUUUCAAGUGUUUUAUUCUUAUAAUUUACAAACAUCAGUCAGUGAUUAGUUGA